CUAACUACAACUUUGCACAGUUAUGGUAAAUUAUAUGCCAUGGACAAUUUCUUUCGUUUACACUAAUCUGUGCUAAUUCAUUUGAUCGUGUUUCCUAAAGCUCACAGAGAACACGCAACAGCACUAUAUAGCUAGCUAGCUAGGCUUUACUUGUUGAUAAAGUCGCUAGCUAAAUGCCAUUUAACUAGCUAGGUAUCUCUCGGUUAGUUGGAUUUCAAGGCAAUUUGCACCAACAAAUUGAGGAAUGGACAGUUUUUGAAUAAUUUCUGUUCGAUCACAACAUCGCUCAUUUACGCAUAGACCCAGUGGGUCCAUCGACCGCGGCGGCGCGAGAGGUUUGAAGGCCUGGGGGACAGGUUCGGAAUGUUGGGGGGAAACGGGGCAGGAAUAGGUACAAGAGCAGGGGGCGCACGACCUGGAAAUGGGACUGGGUUGACCGCUCUGCAAGUUAAUAACCCAGGAACGAACAUGAGUGGUGCGGAAGGUGGAAGGUUUGACGACCGAAUCAGAGAAUAUUCAGCCGAGGUAGUGUACAGCGGCUCUGAACCAGAGUCCGACUCCGGGGAUGAUGAUGAUACCAUGGGUUCAGCCGGUGACCGAAGAGGGGUGAAACGGGAGAGAGCUGAGAUGGAAGUCGCUGCAUCGGCGACGUCUGUGGGGCAACCCCCGGGAGGUUAUGGUGGUGUCACGGGAGGUGCAACUGGGGCAAAGCCAGGCAAGAAAACCCGCGGACGAGUCAAGAUCAAAAUGGAAUUUAUAGACAACAAACUUCGGCGGUACACAACUUUUAGCAAGAGGAAGACUGGCAUUAUGAAGAAGGCCUACGAGCUCUCCACUCUAACGGGCACCCAGGUCCUCCUCCUGGUGGCCAGCGAGACGGGCCACGUCUACACGUUUGCCACGCGCAAGCUCCAGCCCAUGAUUACCAGUGAGACGGGCAAGGCGCUCAUCCAGACGUGCCUCAACUCGCCCGACUCGCCGCCCCGCAACGACCCGUCCACCGACCAGCGCAUGAGCGCCACAGGCUUCGAGGAGACGGACCUCACCUACCAGGUGUCGGAGGGUGACGGCUGCGCGGAGCCCAUCAAGGACAUGAUGAAGCCGACGUUCACCAUGGCCAAUCUGUCUGCCGGUGUCAACACCCAACCCACGUCGACCUCCUCAUCCUCCACUUCCUCCUCCUCCGUGGCCAUGCACUUGCAGAACAGCAUCCCUGCCACCUGCUGGCAGGUCUCGGCAGGCAUCAAUACUCACAGUGCCACCAGCAGUGCCAACGGCACGGUGCUGAAGACCUCGGCCACGUCAACGAGCGUCAUGCUACCCGGAGGGUUCACCCUCAUGUCCGGCGCAACGCUUCCCCCUGGCACGCACACCAUUCCUUUCAGUCAGCUGCAGGCCCUCCAGGGCCCUUUGGCCCAGACCAGCAUCACCACCUCUACCGCAGGGCACACACAGCAGGGCCAGCAGACCACCCUGCUCCGCCUACCUGCAACUGUCUCGCUCACAGGUGGAGGGAUGGGCCAGCAGCUGCAGGCCAUUCAGGUUCACCCCAGCAGUCAGCAGAGCUCUGUGAGCCAGUGUGACCUCUCCCACAUCACAAGCAGCUCCACAGUGAGCCUCCCCACCACCAUCGUCACGUCCUCGGUGCCCUCAUCGAUGGGUGGUCACAUGAUGUACCCCGGCGCCCACACUGUCAUGUACGCCACACCUACGACCUCGUUGGGCGACGGCAGUCUGACCGUGCUCAACACCUUCCCACAGACAGCCCAUACGCAGUCCCAUGACCCCGGUGCUGUAUCGCAGGUGUUCCUCACAGGACAUCCUGGGACAGUUCAGAUCCCUAUGUCAGCAGUGCAGCUCCACCCGAUGGUGAUUGGUCAGCAGUCAAGCAGCAACCUCACAGAGCUUCAAGUGGUCAACCUGGAUGCCCAUCACUCAAAGGACGAUUGACCCGCCCACAUAUAGACUGCUUUACCCAGACACACAUUUGAAUGCACACACGCCAGGGGAUCACUGACGCCUUGCCAACAGACUGCCACCCGCUAAUUAUUACUGCCUUUUCACCGCAAUCAUUUUGUUUUUUUAAAUAAACCUUGUAAGAAUAUGCACACACUUACAAUGGUUUUACAGAGAAUUGAGGUGUGGUGCCGCCAUUUUA